AUGUGGUCGGCGUCGCUGAAGUACCCCCUCGAUCAACGUAUUCUAUGGCUUUUAGAAGAAUUAGAAAUACCGUAUGAAAUUAAAAUAUAUGAAAGAGGCCCCGAUAUGCGAGCACCAAAGGAAUUGGAAGCUGUUCAUCCACUGGGAAAAUCACCAGUAAUUACUGAUGGACCCAUUACCAUUGCAGAAUCAGGCGCUAUCAUAGAAUAUAUUAUAAGCAAAUAUGGUAACGGACGAUUGAAGCCAGCUUCAGGGACAGAAGAUCAACUGCAAUACACCUACUGGUUACAUUUUGCAGAAGGUAGUGCGAUGAGUCCAUUAUUACUAACAUUGAUAUUUGAUAAUAUUAAAAAGAAUUCGCCAUUUUUCAUUCGACCAAUUGCCAAUGGUAUAGCAUCAAGUGUUGAUAAUAAAUUUAUUCAACAGGAAUUAACAAAAAUAUUUGGUUAUAUUGAAAGUGAAUUAACUAAACGAGAAUAUUUUGCUGGUAAUGAAUUUUCAGCUGCCGAUAUUCAGAUGAGUUUUCCCAUAGAAGCUGCGUCGAGCCGCGCUGCUCAAUAUUUAGGUCCAAAUACAAAGAAAUUACUUGACAAAUUACAAGGUCGUCCAGCGUAUCUGAGAGCACUAGAGAAAGGUGGACCGUAUAAAUAUGGGCCCAACACGUAA